AUGAUUGGUGUUCCUCCAAGUGCAAAUGCAAUUAAGGUGCCGACAGUUCCAACUGGAUGCUGUAGAAAAGGAUUUGAUUCAACUUAUCCACAACGUCUAAAUGGAAUAAUUACAAAAGAUGAAUUUGAAGACUCAAUUAAAAAUAUUAAUAGAGCAAAAUCUUUCAGAAUAACUUUAAUUAUUUGUGCUCUUAUUUCUGUUUUAAUUAUCAUGGGAAGUAUUGCAUUAUUUAUCGUUAAUAGUAAGACAAUUGAUAGCUCUGGUAAACGAGGAUCAACUCAAUUAAUUGGCAUUGGAUUAGGAAUUCUUGCUGUUGGAAUAUUGUUUUGGCCAAUUUCAUUUUUCGUUACACGAAUGCUUAUUCCAUUAAUGAUGCGACGAUCAAUUGCUAAAGAAUCAAAUAAAUAUUCUUUGCGAUCACCAAAACCAUGCAGUUGGCGAUUGAAUGCUGUUAGGUGGUGGGGUGGACGAUCUUCGCACGGUCGGAGAAGUGGACUCAUUUAUAGCAUAUUGAUUGAUAUUGGGAAUUCGACAGUUCCUCAAUAA